GGAAGAACCCUCAUGACAUUGUUGUCACGUAGCAUGAUGCGUAAAACAGAAAGGAGACGCGGGACUGUUUGUUUAGCUGCAGCUAUUUUUCUGACAUGUUUCUUGGCGCAAACUGUAGACUGCUACCGACUGAGAAAAACCCAAAGACGAGAAGAGCGGAAAGACGUUGAUCCUCCAACCAUAGGCGUUCGUGAGGGUGAUAUCGUGUUCGGGAAAGUUUCGGAUGAAGAAUCAGCGCUCAAAGACGAGAUCAAGAAGCCCUCAAAUUCUUCCGUGGAGGAUGACACGGCUUAUCAAGCUGACUGGACAGGACAAGUGCAAGAUACCAUUGUCAAAGAAGCGGCAUGGGCGCGGAUGUCCCCUUCACUGCUGUGUGGUGUGGAUCAGAUGAGGUUCAGAGCAGUUGGGCCAGGAGCUUCGCAGCUUGCUCUGUUGCAAGGAAGUGCCCCUCCAGUACUUGUGUCCCAGGUCCCUCCUUCCUGUGGCUACACCUUGAACUCAAACUCCAUGCAACUACUUAUGCUGGUUCCCUAUGAUGGCUGUAACGUGGUUCACCAGGGUGGAGGUUUUACACUAUCAAUGCUGUGGCAGGGAGUUCCAGUCUCGCUCAGAUGCACCAAACCUGCUGAUCCAGGUCAAAUUGUGCCCCAAAAAGUAGUGGGCCCUCCAGUAUACCCAGAUACAUCAAAUCCCCAAUUUCUACCACCCUAUACAAUGUAUCCUCAUGAGCAGUAUCCCCAUUACCCUUCAGUAGUUCCACCAAAGCCUGGAACACCUGGUCCUGCUGAUCCAGGUCAAAUUGUGCCUCAGAAAGCAGUGGACCCUCCAACAUACCCAAUGGUGCCCAGCAUGGACCCAGAUCAAUCAAAGCCCCAAUUUCUGCCACCUUAUAUGAUGUAUCCUCGUUAUGAGCCGUAUCCCCAGUACCCUUCAGUAGUUCCAGCAAAGCCUGGGACACCUGGCCCUGCUGAUCCAGGUCAAAUUGUGCCUCAGAAAGCAGUGGACCCUCCAACAUACCCAAUGGUGCCCAGCAAGGACCCAGAUGCAUCAAAGCCCCAAUUUCUACCACCCUAUAUGAUGUAUCCUCAUUAUGAUCCGUAUCCCCAGUACCCUUCAGUAGUUCCAGCAAAGCCUGGGACACCUGGCCCUGCUGAUCCAGGUCAAAUUGUGCCUCAAAAAGCAGUGGACCCUCCAACAUACCCAAUGGUGCCCAGCAAGGACCCAGAUGCAUCAAAGCCCCAAUUUCUACCACCCUAUAUGAUGUAUCCUCAUUAUGAGCCGUAUCCCCAGUACCCUUCAGUAGUUCCAGCAAAGCCUGGGACACCUGGCCCUGCUGAUCCAGGUCAAAUUGUGCCUCAAAAAGCAGUGGACCCUCCAACAUACCCAAUGGUGCCCAGCAAGGACCCAGAUGCAUCAAAGCCCCAAUUUCUACCACCCUAUAUGAUGUAUCCUCAUGAGCCGUAUCCCCUGUACCCUUCAGCAGUUUCACCAAAGAUUCCAGAUGGGUCCCAAGUUCAACAAUACCCUUUUUACGUCCCUACUGCUGACGAGCAAGUGGCUGUCACUCCUCCCCUGUUCCCACCUCAAAUUCCUAUGUUGCCAUCAUUACCUUGGUCCCCGGCCCAGUUUCCACCCUAUCUACAAGUCCCUGGCAAACCCACAACUACUCAAACCGUGACUAAACCAAAGUUGCCGCAGAAUCCAAACUUUGUGCCUCCGCAUCUUGUACCAGCCUAUCCACCAUAUCCAAGCGAUCCUACGUCGCAGACUAUUCAGUCUCCAGCAGAACCAGUGCCCGCACCGUCCCAUCACCACCACUUUAAUGGUGGUCCCUUUCAGUAUCCUUCUCUUCCCUUUUCAAGCUGAUUUGCUGAAACUGAUAAUAAAUGGUUUGACUAACUUGA